AUAAAUUCGAUACAGAUAAUAAAGAUAAGGUUUGGGACCAUUGUCAUAUAACAGGCUAUGACUCUCAUUUAGUCUGUGAAUCUGUUGGGAAAUCUGUUAAUGCUCAUCAGAUCAAGGUCAUAGCUGAAACAUUUGAGAGAUACAAGUCUAUGAAG